GAAAACGGCUUAACACCCGCUAAACCCCUUUUAAUCCCCUUAUUUAAAUAUAGCCUCUACCCGGAACUUCUCUCACAUCACUCAUAUCUCUCUUCGUUGAUUUUUCUCUCUCUCUCUACAUCUUUUCGUUCAUUUCUAGCUCUAAAUUCAUGGGUUCUGAUAAGAAGAUCAAGAUCGGAAUCAACGGUUUUGGAAGGAUCGGUCGUCUGGUUGCUAGAGUUGCUCUCCAGAGAGACGAUGUUGAACUUGUCGCCGUUAAUGAUCCCUUCAUCACCACUGAUUACAUGACAUACAUGUUCAAGUAUGACAGUGUUCAUGGCCAAUGGAAACACCAUGAGCUCAAGGUAAAGGACGACAAGACCCUCCUCUUCGGUGAGAAGCCCGUCGCUGUUUUCGGCGUUAGAAACCCUGAAGAAAUCCCCUGGGCCCAAACUGGUGCGGAGUUUGUUGUGGAAUCUACUGGAGUUUUCACUGACAAGGAUAAGGCUGCUGCCCACUUGAAGGGUGGUGCCAAGAAGGUUGUCAUUUCAGCCCCAAGCAAGGAUGCUCCCAUGUUUGUAGUCGGUGUCAAUGAGAAGGAAUACAAACCCGAACUCAACAUUGUCUCCAAUGCUAGCUGCACUACCAACUGCCUUGCUCCCCUUGCCAAGGUUAUUAAUGAUAGAUUUGGCAUUGUUGAAGGUCUCAUGACCACAGUCCACUCCAUCACUGCUACUCAGAAGACUGUUGAUGGGCCAUCAAGCAAAGACUGGAGGGGUGGAAGAGCUGCUUCCUUCAACAUUAUUCCUAGCAGCACUGGAGCUGCCAAGGCUGUUGGGAAAGUGCUGCCACAACUGAAUGGCAAAUUGACUGGAAUGUCUUUCCGAGUUCCAACUGUGGAUGUUUCAGUUGUGGAUCUCACAGUAAGGCUUGAGAAGAAGGCCACCUAUGAGCAGAUUAAAUCUGCCAUCAAGGAGGAAUCAGAGGGCAAGCUCAAGGGAAUUUUGGGAUACACUGAAGAUGAUGUGGUAUCCACUGACUUCGUCGGUGAUAGCAGAUCAAGCAUCUUUGAUGCCAAGGCCGGGAUUGCUUUGAAUGAAAACUUUGUCAAGCUUGUCUCUUGGUAUGACAACGAAUGGGGUUACAGUUCACGUGUGAUUGACUUGAUCGUCCACAUGGCUUCUGUUGCCUGAUCUGAUGCUUCUCAAGGAACGACCCGACCUUUUUUUGUGUUCAGUCUAUGGCCGGAAUAAAUUGGAGUUGUGGUUAUGAUGUCUUGGUCUAAUGUUGCUGGUGGUUCCAUUUUGAAUAUUUAAUCGCGCUUCUUAUUCCUUAUUAAAAGUGAAGGAAAAGUGAUAUAAACAAUUUUAUUCUGUUUUCAUGAUCUCGUUGCCAGGAUGGUAAUAUAUAACAUGAGUUAAUAAGACUUCUCUUUUCGCUA